AUGCGUGCAUUUAUGGUAUUGUGUUUGGUUGCAUUGGCCUCCGCCUCCCACCAAGGAUACGAUUAUCCCAGUCAGAACAAUGCUGCCAGUGGUGGCCUCUAUGGUGCCCAACCUUUGAUUACAAAACGUUUCUUCAUUCACUCUGCACCAGAAGAAGAGGGUGUUGAAGUCCAUCAUCAUGAUAUUGCUGUCGGUACACCACGCAAAAAUUACAAUGUAGUUUUCGUUAAGUCUCCAGCUGGAAAACAACAAAAGAUCAAGGUCCGCGUCACACCAGCUGUUAAUGAAGAAAAGACUGCCGUCUAUGUUUUGUCAAAGAAAAAUGAUGCUCCCAUUGUGGAAACAUUCGUUCAAGAACCUUCGACCACAACCAGCAAGCCCGAAGUUGCUUUCAUUCAAUAUCGUACCAACGAAGAAGCUGAACAUGCUCAACAUCACAUCCAAGCUGAAUACGAUCGUUUGGGUGGUACCACCAGUGUCUCUGAUGAAGGUGUUUCUGACGUUAAGUCGGUUAUUGGCAUCUUGGACACACUUCAACAAGGUUCUUCGUCGGGAGCCUACUUACCUCCAGCACAGAAACAUUAA